AUGGCCCGAGCUCUCCAAACCAAAGCAACAAUCGCCCCGAGGUGCCUCGAUGCAAUACGCAAGCUACUCGCGAAUCUCCUUUGGAGCCCAGGCAUGGUUGUUGCGGAGGAUGUCGAGCUAGCUGAUGGGGGCCCUUUCCCAAGCUUCCAGUGUAGCAGUAACCCAUCGCUUGCCGGCGCUGUAACAUUUAGCAUUGAGCACAACCUCCCGCGUUGA